AUGAAGUUCUCUGGUGACCAAGCUCGGAUCCUGAUGCUGGGUCUUGAUGCUGCUGGAAAGACCACGGUCGUGUAUAAACUGAAGCUGAAUGAGACAGUCUGUACAAUAGCCACCAUUAGAUUUAAUGUUGAGACUCUGGAGCCCAUCCCAGCAAUUGUAUUCACUUUGUGGGACAUGGGUGGUCAGAAAAAGAACAGAGCUCUGUGGAAACAUUACUUUCUAAAUACAGAUGGGCUUGUUUUUGUGGUGGACAGUGCUGACCCAGAGAGAUUUCAGGAGUCCUGGUCAGAGCUCCUUCCUAUCCUAGAGGAUGAUGAAAUGAGAGGUGUUCCCUUCUUGGUGAUGGCAAAUAAACAAGGUGCCAGGAGACCAGCAUUAUUGGUAGAGAAAUUGGGGUUGAUGAAGAUAAAGAGACACCUGGGGCACAUUCAAGGGUGUUAUGCCAUAACUGGAGCUGAACUUGUGGAGGGACUGGAGAUCAUUGCAGGUUUGUUGAAACAGUUUCAAAACAACAAGUGA